UUAUUGAAUUCUCUAUGUGAAGUUCAGCAGCGAGCAGACGUGAAAAACUUGUACACAUUUUCCAGGUGGGAAAAUUGUGGUAAAAUAAUUAAAAAAUUGUGAAAAAAUAAGUGCUUAGUGCGCGCUUUACAAAAUGACAAAUAUUAUGUAGAAAUACGUGGUCGGAACACGUAAUUUCGAGGUUGGAAAAACUCAAUGUGGAACUCGCUAAUAGCGCUUCAAACGUCGUUAUUGUAGCGUAAUUAAAAUGCAAAGCGAGUCGACAAUUUACAAGUGCAGUGAAAUGAUACAAAUAACAUUUGAUUAAACUAAAUAUUAUGAACUUCUGUAACAGUGCAUAAUUUCGUACUCUAUACAUAAAUGACUACAAUUAUACGCAUACAAAGCUGUAUAUUGCGCAGACUAUAAAUUUGAAUUAAAAAUAAGAUCAAUCAAUAAUACAUCGAGUAAUAGCGAAAAAUUCACUAAAACGAUAUAAAUAAAUCACAUACAUAUAACAAGUCUAAAAGACAUUUUAAGUGAACUGCAACCUUUCAGGCAGAAAACAACGACAGUGGAAUCGCCAAAUAAUAAACGACGCUUCAACCGCAAACCAAGGAAACGUAAACGGAAUCGGAAUCGAAAACGCAUCCACAAAUGCAACAGAAUUAACGUAGGCUACGUUGUUGUGACAUUUUCUUUUCCUUUUCCUAAUUCCAAUGAAAAUCAAUCAACACACGACGGUAAGCAAUUUAUGAAUACCAAUUAUCGUAGGAUCGAUAUUUACUAGUUACUCCAAAAAAAAAGCAAACACCUAUUUGUAGUGUUAGAGCGCUGGAAAUUAAGCACGGUGUAUAAAAGAAAUACAAUCAGCAGUUUAGUAAUGUCCCCUGAUGUAAUGGCUUACAAUGUAAUGGUCAGAACAAUUAGAAAUUCCCGCGACUACCAAGCCACAAACGAUUUUCUAACCGCAAAAGCAGCAUCAGCACAAUUAGCAGCAGUAAAAUUAGCUGCCACACUAAUAUUAUACACCUGCUACAAAGCAUUGCAACCAAUUAUUAGAGUCACCAGUCACUACAAAGAUUACAGCAAAAAUAAUCGUAUAACAUUUUGUUACGAAUUAAGCCCCCAUGUGGGUGGGGGACCGCCUCCAGCAGCAGCGGUAGGAAUAGCAAAAGCGGCUGGCCUAAAUAAUGAUAAUAGUUAAGUGAGUGAAUUUCGAAACAAGAGUAACCGGGAUUCACAAAAAUUUAUUUCUAAUAAAGGAUUUUAAUUUGCUUUCAAGAAAAAACAGUAAAUCUAAAAUUUGACCUUUGUUGCUUAAAAAAAAAAAAUACAUCACCUUUUAUACUUCUCUUGAAGUAAUAAAUAAUUGUAGUGCAAAUCGCAGCUUUGUCAGAUGCACUAACAAUACAUACAUAAGUACUGCAUAGCGAAUGAUGCCAUUGCAAUCGUCUGGUAUAAUUGUCGUAGAGAAGCCAACAACAGCAGUGACAACACAAUCAGGCAGUACAGCAGCUACCGGUGAUGUAGCAGCGCCGGCAAACUUAGCUAUACAACAGUCGCAACAGCAGUUUUAUCAGACACAGCAGUCAACAAUAGCAAAGGGUACAAGCGUUGGAGCUGCAACAUCGGUUGGAAAAUAUUUUGAAUACUAUGGUACGAAUGAUGUACGCCAACCACAACAACAGCAGCAAAACCACCAGAAAAAACAUAAUGUUGCUAGCACCAACAAAAAUACUAGUAGUAGAAGUCAAUCGCAGUUGCCAUUAAUGCGACGUGCACAGCAGCGCAAGAAUAGUAACAGCAGCAAUUUGAGUAAGAAGUGUAGCAAUAAUACUACCAUUACGAGAGCAGCAACCAACACGAAAAUUCUACAAAUUAAUGCAAAGCAGCAGCAGCAGCAACACCAAUUAGUACAGAUGAAUCAGCAACAACAACAUCAAAUAAUACAGCAUACAACAAUACAUCAACAACAGCAACCUCAUCAAAUACAUCAGCAACAGUCACAACAUCUGGCCACAUCACAGUUGCAGCAGCAGCAGCAUCUAUCGUCGAAGCAGCAGCAGCAACAUGUGCAAAAGCAGCAUCAGCUGUCUCAACAAAUGCAUUCACAACAGCAGCAGCAGCAACAACAAAAUCUCCAGCAGCCAUCACAGGCACAGCCUCAGCAGCAGGUAAUUCAAGUGAGCGAAGAAUUCAUUGAACAAGCAACUGCUUCGGGAGCCACCAACAUGAUGAUAUCAACAACAGGCGAAGUGCUGAAUCCGCAGAUCUUCAAAAUAGUAGCCACAGAUGGCACCACAGGCAACAUGAUUAUCGACAGCGGCAGCGCUGCCGCCGUCGGUGGCCAAUCCAAAGUAUUGCUAAGCAAUUUAACUGUGUUGGCAAAACAAGCUCCUAACGCGCCGAACACGUCGGCAACCAGUGGGGUGGCUGUGGGCUCAGGAGGCACCUUGGGCGCGCAGCAACAGCACACGAUUGGCGUUAGCAGCGGCGGCCAAUCACAAUCGGGACAAACAAUCAAUUAUAUGAGUGCUAAAAACUUGUCGUAUUUAACCACAGCAACGGCAACCGCCACACCUAUUACUGCAGGUGGUGGAAAAACACAAAAGUAUACCGUAACGGGCACCUACAAGACGGGUGUAAAACAACAGCAGCAACAGUCACAGCAGCUAACGUCAACCACGUACAUACAACAGUCGCAACAGCAGCAACAGGCGAGCCAGAGUACAUCACAGGGCUCGCAGCAACCACAGCAGCUUUAUCAAAAGCUCUCGGUACCGCGCCACGUACAAAUGCUUACGCGGGUGCAGACUGUCAUGCAACAGCCAUCGUCGGCGGCUGGUACGUCAAUGACAGCAAACACAGGACAACAAACCCAGCAGCAGCAGCAGACGCAAAUGCUGGUGCAACCUAUUGUAGGAGGGCAAAAGUAUUUGAGCAGCAGUGCCACAACAAAGAGUGUGAGCGUUACUGGUAACGCAGGCAAUAUGUUGAAGAAGUCGAAUAAUUUAAAAAUUUCCCAUGGUAACAAUAAAGUGGUGAACAACAUGCAAAUGCAGCAACAACAGGGUGUGAAAACGACCUAUAUCACACAGCAGCAGCAACAACAAUAUCAGCUACACCAGCCUCAAUAUCAGAGUAGCGGCAGCGGCAAAAUUAAAACAUCGAAGUUGCUCAAACAGUACAAUAAUGUUAUAAAUAAUAAUAGUAGCGGCGUAAACAUGUUGCAUCAACAACCGCUGGGCACUUACACAGUUAGCAAUAACGGUGGAGGUCAUAAACUGCAGCAGACGACAAAGGUGACAAAAAUGUCUAGCAAUAAAUAUGUAUCACAUCAACAGCAGCUGCAACAUGUCGCAUCUUUGCCACAAAGCACGCAACUGCAUCACAAAAAUGUACCACAACAGCAGCAGUUUUCAACAAGUACCAAUGUUGUCACACUUGCGGGUGGCAGUGCCAAUAAUACCAAUAACGUCGGCAACACUAUCAAAUUUGUAAAUUCGACGCACGCAACAGUCAUACAGCAGCAUCAGCCAACAUUGCCCAUGCAGCAACCGCAACAAUCGAAAGUAACGUUACGUCAGCAGCAGCAACAACAUCAAAUACAGUUCGUCGACGCACCAACUGGCGCCAUUGUUAAAGAUAACGCCACUGGCAAUAAUAUUUACCAGUCACAAACGCACUCCGCCAACAACAACGGCAACAAUUCACAGUCGCUGCUCAACGAUGAUAUUAUGAUCGUUAAUGGCACACAAAUGACAGACGAGUUGUCAGCACGCAUACUACAGAGCAUGGCGCAAAAGUCAUUCGGCAAUCAGCAACGCUACCAGCAACAGCAGCAACCAAAGUCGGUUGUCAUGCCACCGCCGACAGCACAGCAAACGCAGCAGCAACAGCAAAUUGUAUUGCAGCAGCAUCCUUCGCCAACAUCUGUGCUGCUCUCGCCCAAAGAAUAUCCGCUAUAUAGCGCUGGCCAACUAUCAGCGCAACAACAGCAGAUGGCACAGCAACAGCAAUUGUCAGCGCCCUCAACAAUCAAUACACAAUACAGCACAACUGUGCAACAGGGACCUGUCUCGGCGAAUGCUUACUUGCCACUCUCUGCUGCGGGUGUACAUACUAGCAGCGCCGGUAGUAGUGCUGUCUAUGCAGCAAUCUCUCAACAAUCUGGUGGCGGCAUCGGUCGCCAAACACAUAGCGCGCCCGGUAGUCGCUCGCAUUCUUUGGAGCGCAACAAGUCAUAUGAGGUCAGCACAACCAUCACACGUAAAAGUGCUGUUGACUAUUAUAAAGCAAAUAACAGUGGUGUAGGUGGGCGUGGAAAUCAUUUUGGCACGCAGGGUUCACAUACGUCGGCUUCAUUAUCGGCUAGCACAUCGAAUAUACCGCUUGACACACAGCAACAGCAGCAGCAACAUUCGUCAGCACAGAUAAUUCACCUACAAACAUUGAAAUCUUCGCUGGCGGCCACCACAGCGGCCGUGGCAGCUGGUAACAGCAGCUAUACGAUUGCCACGAACAGUGCAGCAGUAGCUGGCAUCAACACUAGUGUACCUGCUGGGACUGGUGAAGAUGAAGAUAUUAUUGGCGAAGAGGUGCGCCCGGCGCCUGUAAAUACGCAAGAUAUGCGUUUGCGCAUCUUGCAUGCCGUUCAGCAGGAUCACACUUAUGCUAAUGCUAUGCCGGCGCAUCUCUCCGGUACAGACACUACAAAGAGUGGUGGCACGAAUGCACAGCAAAUGGGAAAAGCAGGCAUUGGGGGUGCUAGUGGAACGACACAGUCGCAUUUGCAAUCGGCAUUGACGGGCAAUACAGGCGGUGCGCAACAGUGGUCAUUAGGCGGCAUUGGGGCGGCUGUGGCCUCGGGCCAGGUGGGUUCAUCAGGGGUGCUACCAACGCCACCAUCCAGUGGUCAGUCGACAUACACCUUGCACGGACAGCAAAUACCCCGUAUGCAGCAAGAUGACGAUGCACAUUCAGCAAUUAGUAAUGGUUCGCGUGUCGCUACUGGCGAUAUUGAUCCUGGUGAAGAGACCGAAACAGCACCUGAAGCUGAGGCCGAAGAUGAUUCGGUUACUCGUUGCAUCUGUGAUUUGACGCAUGAUGAUGGCUAUAUGAUAUGUUGUGAUAAAUGCUUCGCUUGGCAACAUGUCGACUGUAUGGGCAUCGAUCGCCAAAAUAUACCCGAUGAGUACCAGUGUGAAGUGUGCCAACCGCGACAGGUGGACAAGGCGCGUGCACGUGCCUUGCAGUUAAUGAAACGCAAGGAGCAAACUCAGCUAUUGCUCUCAGCACAAUCGGCGCAUGCAACUGGUUCCAGUGGCGCUUAUCUAAGUGGUGGCUCCAAUAUGGGUGGUAACUAUCAACUGGGUGAUGGCCAGCAACGUGGGGGUGCGGGCGCUUUCAUGAUGGGCGGCAGCGGAGAUGGCGCGCUGCAAGGCCUGCCGAAUAGUACAACGUCCGGCACUACAAAGAAGGGCAAAGUUUUGAAGAAAACCGCCAAAGACACAGCUGGGGGCAAGAAAUCCAAAAAGGCGGAUAAACUUGGUGUAGGUUCGACAGCAGGUGGCAAACCGCCGCGCAAAGAUUCGGCAGCCACAAAGAAGACAACGAAACGUAAAACUAAGAGCGGUGAUGGUACGAGCGCAAGUGCGACAGCCGCUGAAAAACAUGCAGCAAAUUUGCGACAAUGGAUCGAAAAUUAUGAAUUGGCCGUAACGAAUCACUAUUCGCCUGAGUUACGCGCGCGCCUUCAUGCCAUCACAAAGCAACCCAGCCUGUUACAGAGCAUAUUAAAUACGGAGAAUCGCGCGUUGAAGGAUUGCUGCAACAAUGAUUUGGAGAAUCGCGCCACUACAGUGCCACACGCGGGCGGUAAAAUACUUAUAAGCAACAUGGACAUUGCACCAAGUUUUCCAAUUUUCGAAUUACGUGGCAAAUACAUGCUGAGUCCGCAGUAUAAGACGCAAAAUGCAUCGGUGAAUAUGAAUUCACCGCCACCAAGCAAUUAUCUAGCAGCUAGUCUGAAGGCGCAUAAGACUCCUGGUCCUUUCAUUUUCUUCUACCAGCUGCCCGAUGCUGAGGCGCCUAUGCAAACAAUGAAUGAAGAUGGCUCAUAUCCACCAAUACCGCCGCAGCCAGCAUACCUUAAAGGUCCGGAAAUAUGCGUGGACACGCGUACUUACGGCAAUGAGGCGCGCUUUGUGCGCCGUUCUUGUCGCCCUAAUGCCGAGAUACAGCAUCUCUUCGAAAAGGGCACCAUACACCUUUUCAUUGUUGCAACGAUGCGUAUCCGCGCCAGUACAGAGAUUACCAUUAAACACGAGCCACACGACUUGUUGGCAAUAGAGAAUAAAAAGGCAACUUCGAGCAACUGCAUCGUGCAGCCAACAAGCACGGCAUGCGCAUGCGGUCUACUCAAGGAUUGUCUCUUUGGCCCACCACCAACCCAACAGUCCUUAGCAGGCGGCGCGACGAAAUCUAGCAGCCGCAAGUCAUCGCUCGCCACAACCUUAAAUGGUGGCGUACAAUUAAAUAGCAGUGCAGCUGCCAUACAACUAACAAUGGGUGGUUUGCCAACGUCAGGAGUUGGAAAUAAAAAGAAGGGUGGCGCACAAAACAUGAAUCGCAAUCGUUCGACUUCAUCAAGUGGCGAUAGCAGCAUCGGUGGUGCUGCCGGUGGUGGCAUGAAUAGUCCAAAUGUUGCAUUGCCUGCAGUAGCACCACUGAAUAUGAACGCCAAUAUGUGCAGCAGCAACUCAUUCAAGAGUAAUGGCGGUCUUAACAUUUUGUCCGCACAUGCGCUAGCCACUUCAGCGGUGAUGGUGCCUAAUAGCAAUGGUAACAUGAGCGCGACCUCCUCCGUGUCGAGUGUAAUGCACGAUUCUGGUAUUUGUACAUCGUCUUCAUCGCCAUCAGUGUCCAUACCGUCACCUUCUGCUCUACACAUACACUCACCGACGCAAUCACAGCAGCAGACUUGUACUGUACCCGCUACAACCACCUUACAGCGCAGCAACAGUGCCCUCUUCAUGCAGCACAGUCCACAACAGCAUCAACAGAUCUUGGGUGCAUUGCCAACGCCGUUGCUGUUGUCUCCACCACAGCAAGUUGUACAGCAACAACCACAGCCUCAGCAUCAGAGCAUUGUGGACGCGGUGGCUAACAACACACAUGUGCCACUGCUGGAUGAAGUGUCUACACCCGAAGCCACGCCAAUUACGUUACAACAGCCGAUUAGUCAGCCGGAGCAGCAGCAGCAACAGCAGCAACAGCAGCAACAGCAGCAGCAGCAGCAACAGCAACAGCAGCAGCAGCAGCAACAGCAGCAGCAGCAGCAACAACAGCAGCAGCAGCAGCAGCAGCAACAGCAGCAGCAACAACAACAGCAGCAACAACAACAACAGUUGAAUUUGUCCAUUAGUCAGGCGCAAGAACAGCAAAUGCAUGUGCAACAGCUAAGUCAACAACCAAUACAAAACGUUCUUGUCGGCCCUACAAUAAGCGAUGCAUCGCUAGCUGCAGCAGCGGCUUUGCAAUCGCUUAACACCGCCGUAACACUGACUGGUACUAAUAUGUCGGUGUCAGUGAAUGUCCCACUAAGCCAAUCAACCAACAAUAUUGCCAUAGCCGUUCCCGAAUCUACAACCUCAUCUGAUGCAUUAAAUGUUAGCGAUGUCGAACAACAAAAAGAACAACAACAGCAGCAGCUGCAGCUGCAGCAUCUGCAGCAACAACAAACACAAUACUAUGUCGCUACUACAAUGCAGCUUCCACCGCUUCACGAUGUCACUGAUGGUGGCAUGCCGUCAGUAGUACAACAACAACAGCAGCAGAACCACCAGCUGCAACAGAACGCAAUAACAGCCCAAUUGCCGCCGCCGCAACAGUCGCUUGGCGCUGUUGCCACCUCACCGCACGCUGGUUCGAAAUCGCCACAGAAGCAAGGCGGCGUCAAUGCCAGCGUCGCCGGAGUGUCUUGUUUACCCUCGAGUAGUGCGCGCAAAACGCCCGCCAAGUCAUCGGGUUCGCGCUCUACCAGCUUCUCUGAGGACGAUCAUGGGCACAAUACUAGCAGCGGUAGCGUAAAUGAAGACCACUCAAGCCUACCAACAUCGAAGGAGAAGCCGAAGCUAUCGCGUGAAGAUCGUAAAAUGGAGGCGAUCCUACGUGCCAUUGAAAAAAUGGAGCGAAAUCAGCUUCGUAAAAAUCAACAGGGCAAAUCGGCUGGCAAUGCCUCAGCUGCCACUAAGCGACGCAACAGUAACAGCAAUUCGCCAACUACGCCCACAAAAUCCGUAGCCGGCAGCGACAUGAGCGCUAGCAUCAGCAGUGGACGCGUUUCAGCGGUCUCCGCGCGCAAAAAAAAGCGAAAGGCGCACAAGUCGUACAGUGGUCACAGUGCGCAGGCGCGGAAGCGUCGCAAAAGUCGCAUCAAUAGCAGCAACGAAUCCGCAGAUGGCGCUGGCGUUAGUGGUGCUGGUUUGCCGACAGCUGCUGCCGUAGGCAGUGGUGGUAUUAGUGAGUGCGCAGCACAUUCGGAGGCAGAGUCAACAUCGUUGUUAUCACCAACAGCUCCGCUUGUCACAACUGCGCAAAAUUACGACCAACUGCAUCCCGACAGCAACGAAAUUGUUGUUGAUACAGUAGCGCCUACAAAUGAAGAUCAGGCCGCCGGUCUUUUGCUCGCUUUAUCGAAUCCCGACCUAAAAAUGUCACCAACGCUGCAAAAAUCACCGCAGGUCUUAUCCCCGGUACUGCAGCAGCAGCAGCUGCAGCAUCAGCCAGAACAACAAUACACGCCGCCACAGUAUGCGCUCGAACAGUUGAAAUCACCGCAACAUAGAACGCCAACAGGCGGCGGUAGUGCUGCAUCUCCACCUGCUACACCGGUGAGCUCGGCUUGUCUGCUGAUCGAGGCUGCAGUUGGUCCCUUGCAAGAACACAUGGACGGCAGUCCGAGUGGCGAGUUUAAGUACCCUAAUAAGACCAAGACGAAAAAAGUGCUCAUGUCUAAUUGGCUGCUACAUCAAGUAGAUGCGGAUACUAGCGGCAGUGAUUCCCCACCGCCCGGCACACCAACACCACCACCACCACCUAUGACAAAUAAUGCUUCCGCAGAGGCAGUGUCUGCGGCAGUAGCAGUGGCUGGCGAGGCAGCUAUUUCCGCGCCAAUGUCAUCUUCCCCCGCUACACUUGGUUUGGAUUCUCUAGUACAAGCAGCAACGAUGUGUGAUUACAGUAAACAACAACCCAAGGGUAACGUCAACUAUGCUGCCAUCGACGGACUGUGCCCCGCUCCCGUGGCUUGUGAUGAACCACAAAAUCUCAGCAUGGCUGCGCAGAAGGUCGAGGAAUUUAUACAGCAAACGGAGCGCGGCAACAACGCGGUAUACAAUCCGACAGCAGUCACAGGUGUUAGUGCUGCGCCGCGCAAUAUGCUACGUCUGCCGCUACAAGUUAGCACUUGCAGCAAUAAUUCGUCGGUAAAGAAGCGCUGGUUGCGACAGGCUAUUAGCGAAGAAACUACCACAGAUGAGGCGAUGACGCCAACACCCACAGCAGCAAUGGCCACUAGCCUGCAAAUCGAUUCGCCUACAGCAGCAGUCGCGACGGCGCACCUCAGCGCAGUGAUUAAUGUCCCCAAUGGCUUUACGACGCCGCUUAAGAAGCGACGACUCAUCAUCAGUGGCAAUGUGAAGGAAGAAGACGAUGCUGGAGGCAACAUUGUGCACUCACCAGCAGCUGGUGGAGGUGCUAAUAUAUCUUUCGAGUCGCCAAUAAUUGAACUAGUAAAAUGUGAAAUACCAAUGCCGGGUGGGUGCGCGACAGAGCAAGAUACUAAGGCGACGAAUUUGGCGUCUGUAGGCAGUACCGAAACGGAGGUGGAUGUAAUGAAUGUGAGCGGUAUGGGUGCAGUAGCAGGCAUGAAGACUGAGGCUGGGUCGAGUGAUAAUGGAGAAGCAGACGAAGAGGACUAUGAUGAAGAAGAAGAGCGCGACGAUGUAGAUGUGGUAGGUGGCUUAAGCGUUAAUGAAACUCACACAACGAUAGCUGCAAACGAACGAGCAUCCGAAGAUUGUAUGAGGCAUGAAAUUGUUACGAAUGAGGAGCAAGACGUGGCAGAGCGAUUGACAGCCACAGAAGAAGAGAUGAAACCCGAACCUAUGAUCAUUGAUCAAGACGAUGACGUCGAUAUAUUGCGUUCACCCAGUCCAGGACAUCAACAAAUGCUAGCGGCCGAGGAUAAUUUGGUAAAAAUAGAGCCGGAAGACACCAGUGGUGGCGAAGAUGUCAAGAUCGAUGUAGAGCGCGAAGAGAGUUUGGCGGGUGAUAAGUUUGAAGAGAUGGUAGUGUUGCAUGUGAAGAAGGAGGAGGAAGCACAAUCAGCAGCUGCUGAGCAAACAGCAAUGUCAACAGCAAUGGCGGCUGAGGUUGAAGUCGAGGUGAAAUUGGAUGUAGAAGAGGAUGAGAAAAAUAUAAAGCCAGUCAUGGUUGACAUUGCAAAUUCAGGGGACUGUAAGCGAUUUAGUCCAUGUGAACAGGAUCAAAAAAUAACGCUCCCGAAGCAAGAAUUACAUUUGGCACCUGAAGAAAAGAUGUCCUUUAAGAUAGAGACGCAGCAAUCUAUGGAUUCGUUGGACUCCGCCCCACACAAUAAAACGUCGGUGUCAGCCGAUGAAAAGCCGGUAUUCCCAACUCAGCUACCGGCAAUGAAAUUGCUUACACUCGAUGGCGGUAGCAUCAGUACCAUUUCGCCCGAAGAACCCCUAAAUAAACGUCCAAAAUUGGAGUCGUCCAUAGAAUCUACAAGUUCGUUGCCGGAGCCACAACAAACUUCGCUACUCAAGCCAUUGGCUGCACGAAUGUUCGAAAUGCCAAAACAAAGUACGGCCAGUGCUAGCGUUAGCGUCGCGGGAAACUGCAACAACCAUAAUAUUGUGCACGCAGCAGCUACUUUGCAAACUGCCUUAACAAGGCCGACCGCGACAACAACUUCGAUUACAAACCUCAAACCAGCCGCACAAGCGCUUGCAACCACAGCUGCUGUUCAUACAAAUUGUAUGACAUUUUUAGCAGCAGCGGCUGCCGCUGCUAUUGAACGUAAGCCGCCACCUCCACCGCCGCCGGCACCAGUUAUCAUAGCAACAACGCCUCCAACAACACCACCAGUCACUGCAACAACAACAACAGCAGCAGCAAUAACAACAACAACCAGUGCGUCAAUAUUUGUCUAUUCCAAUAGCGCAUUGCCGACGAUCGCGGCGUCGCCCAAUAUCAUGGCUACCGCGGCGGACAUUGGCAGUGGUGUAAUUGGCGCAAAUGUGCCUCCAACAACAUUGCCGCCUAGCAGCAGCAGCAAUAUAAGUAGUGCAUCAACUGCGCUCGCGACACGCAAACAAAACGCCACUAAUAACAAUAGCAACGAACGCAAAGUGCCGCUCACCGAUGAUGACAUCCAAGCAUGCCUGCAUUCCUUCCACAAGGAGAAUAUACUAAUCUUACAAUCGCGCAACAACAAGAAGUCAAAGCCAAAUUCAGCAACAGCCACAGCAAUCGGUAGCAAUUCUACAGCAGAGUUGAGCAAAGGUGCCAAGCAGUUAGGCGAGAACAAAUCGUCGACCGCAAGCGCUUAUUCGUCUCACCACAGUCACCACGCACAUGCACAUACUCAUAAUGAGGCGGCGUCUGCAAAGAGCGUUGGCGGUGGCGGCAGCAGCAAGCACAGUAGUGGAGCUUCGAAGUCGUUUACCAAUUCGGGGAGCAGCGGUUCGUCUUCGACGAAGAAGCUGCACAAAAAAGACCGAAGCGGUAAGGAGCACAGCGGCAGUAGCCGUUCAUUGUCACACAGCGGCAAAUUGACUGCGUCCACUCCUUCAUCCUGCUCAAAGAAAUUAUCAUCGUCGCAUAAAAAGGAUUACGGCAGCGGCAAGGUGAGCGGAGGCACCACACCAGUGUCGAUAUCAAAGCAACAGCCACACAGCAGUAGUUCUGCGAGCUAUAACAAUUCAAAUAGCAACAGCAAUGCGUCUGGCAGUGGUGACUCCAAGGAUCGUGAAGAGCGCCGCGAUCGUGACAACAACAGGGAGCGUGGAUUCGAUAAAGAACGUCAUCAUCAUCGCCAUCGCACCACUUCGUCCUCGAAUUCCACGAAUACAGUGUUACAAUCAGUUGUGGCCGCAGCAUCUACCACUCCUACGGCACCGCCACCCAUCUCUAAGAAGCGUCAACUCAACUUUGAGCAGGAACUCACCAAAGAUUUGCCCCUGGUGAAUGCCGCCACAAGCAAUAGCAAUCGUCACCGCAAAGAUAGCGGAAGCCGUGACAGUCGUGAUGAAAUGGUCAGCUCUACCUGCUCGAGUAAUAGCAGCAGUAGUCUGGCGGCAGCACGCAAACGACGCGAGUCUUCUUCCUCUUCGGGCGGCAGCAGUCGACACCGCCAUAAUAGCAACAGCAGCGGUGGGGUGCCAGAGCAGCAAAAGGAGACUAUAAUACACAAACAAACGUCUGUAGCGGAACAGAAUGGCAUUUUGCCAGGAACGCACGCGUCACCAUUGCCGCCAGCCGCGUAUGUGCGAGAGCAUGUCGCCAUACCUCAUUUCAAUAAUGUGGUUGUGAGCGGACCACCACCACCGCUCAUGGCUGCCUAUUUCAGCGGCAUCGGCGCGGUGCCUUGCAGCAGUGUCGAUCCUUCUAUGGGUACACCGAUCGCCACUUAUGUGCCAACGCCGGCGUUGCCGUCACCAUCCAGCUCUGUACAGCAGCCGACGCAUAGUCUACUGAAGACGCUUCCAAUGCAACCCACGCUCAGCCAUUUGGCCGCUGCGGUAUCGCACACGCCGCCACUGCCAACGAUGUCUUCAGCGACGGGCGUUGGUGUAACCACUUUACCGCCGCCGCUACCAUCGGUUGUUGUUGGCGCAGCCACUAUGCCGCUCGCGGCGCAUUCUCCUAAGGCUGGACCCGCCAGUUUGCUGGCUUGUAACAGCGCUGCCAACAAUACCGCUGCCUCGACGUAUAACAGUAUUUAUGGUAAAUUACGUGAUACUUCUCCCGUCUUGGUGUCGUCAACUCUGAGCAGUGCAGCGACGCCGUUGGCCGGCACCACUGGCACAUCAGUUAACGCUGCACAGACAAUUGUCUCAGCAAACAUAAGCCUAUCUGAGUAUUUGGACACCAAAGUAAAAAGCUAUAGCACAACAAUGGGCGCUUAUGUGUCGCAGACACAUGCGUAUAUAAGUGGCGGCAGCGUAAGCAACACAAGCAGCUUGCUGCAGAGCGUGGGAAAAGCAACGAAUAGCAGCACGUCCAGUAACAGCAAUACUGUUGUAGAAAACUCAUCCGUCGCAGCUAUAGCAAUUGAGGCUCCGGUAGUCAGUAAAUUGCCAACACCAAUGAAAUUGCCGCUCACACGUACAGCCAGCCAUGACCCGCGUCUUAAUCCACAGUUGAAUUUGCCUGAACCACCACCUGCGCCGAAGCGCAAACUUUCUAUCAACGAGUAUCGUAAACGUAUGCAGUUGUCAUCGGAUGCGACAACGCCUGGUACACCCGACAUGCCAGCGACGUCGGUUAGUGCACCAACAACACCAGGCAACGCCAGCAAUUUGAUGUCAAAUUCCUUGAACAACAGUUUCGUGCAAGCUUAUAACAGUAUUGUUAAUGCUUCGCCUGAGGAGAUGGCCAGGCAAUUGUCCUCUUCGCCAACAACGCUGACACUCAACAAAUACACACUCAAUUCGCCGGAGCGCAAGCGCCAUCACAGUGGAUCCGAGAUAGAGCAGCACCAUAAGCGUCACAGUGCUUCAUAUGAUGAUGUGACGGGGCUGUUGAAUAGCAGCACCGGCAGCAGCAGUUGUGGCAAUACGAGUGAUACAUCAUCGACAAAUCUGAAUAACGAAGAUGAUGGCAGGAAAGGCCAGUUCAGCGCCGCGCCUACACUACUUGAAAAGCAACAAGAAAAGCUAUGUGAGCGUUUGAAGCUACUGCGAAACAUGAACAAGGGUGUAUCAUCGCUAAGCAGCGCAGCCAGUGAGUUUGCAAGUCUUAAAAAGGAUUGUGAUCUCUAUGUGAAUCGCACUAACAGCAUCUCGUCCACAGACAAUUUGGACAAUUGUCUUGAAGAAAUUUCUUCUUCAUCUUCAUCAUCAACGUCGACAUCACGGGAAUCAUCACGAGAUGCAAGUCCCGAACGAGGUUGUGUUAGUAGCAGUAGCGCAAGUACAAGUAAGCGGGCGACAAGCACCACCGCCACCUCCAACUCAAACCAUAAGUGGUCGAAUGAGGCAGAAACAACUGCCAAUGCGGCGAGAGCUGCCACUCCAUCAAGAGAUGAGGCCACAGUUGUUGCGGCGAGAAGUGGCAAUGAUUCAGCGACGUGAAGGAAUCAAGAUGGUGUAGGCAAAGUAAAUGAAAAAAGUUCAUGUGCUGGUUAAAAAAGAUAUGGUAGCAAUAUAUCUAAUGUGUUGGUAAGGUUGCUAAUAAAUCAAGUUAGAGCUGCAGUACUACAGUAGCGCCAGUGCAAAAAGACACAAGCAAAAGAUGCAAUAUUAAAGCGAUUAUUUAAAAUUUUAUCUUUCCUUAAACCAGUCUGCUGUUGCACUUGAGAUUACUAAUUUUUUACUUGUAACAUACAUAUGUAUAUGUACUUAUGGCAGAGUAGAAUUGAAAAAUAGCCAAACAUUUUAGACAAAAAUUUAUAACUAAACGAAUCGAAAAGAAAUAAGUAACUUGUUGGAGCGCGAUGUUUAUGAGUUAAAUAGUAACACAAACUAGCAGCGAAAAUGUUAAAUGAAUUUUCAAUACCCCUACAUAGUACAUACUUGCUUUAUAUACCACAGACGUUAAUAUAGAGUAAGUUUUUAGUUUAACAGCCUAUAAAGAAAUUUAUUAUUAAAAUGAAGUUAAAUGCUAAAUGUAAAUAAAUAAUAUAAAUUAAAAUUAGUUAAUUGCAGCGUGAAUAUAAAUAAUUAAUGUUAGUUUACAAUGAGAAAGCGUAAAGCAGUAAAUGCUGAAAACAAAUAUGCGUUGAGUCAUUUUGAUGUUGUCAGCGUGCCAAAUCAGCGAAGUUUUUGUUUAAAACAUCAAUGCUAAUCUUUAAUUAUAUUCUGCUUAUUUGAAAUACUUUUGCAGCAGGAUUUUAUUUAGCACUUUUCCUUGUAAGAUCACCAUAGUUAGCACUUUUUUAAAAGGAAAUUAUAAGCGUCAAAUCGUUUACAUCCAACACUUUAAACUUUACGUUUCGCUUUUGAUUGGAUUUUGUUGUAUAUUAAUUUGAUGACUACAAAAACCUCUAUAUUUAUGUUGCAUUAAUUCGUUAUUUUUAGUUUCAAAACCUGAAGAAACGCAUACUCUACUAUGGACAUAAAACAUUAUCUAGAAAAGCAUUGCUUGCUUUUACUCGAAAGAGCAUGGCAAAUGAAUCACUGUGCGUACAUUUAACAUUUCAAGCACUCGGAUUAUUUAAUUAUUUUCCCUUUCUUUUAUUAUUUCAUUACUCAGUUUCCAGUUUCUCUUUAAUUCAAAAUUUUUCAUGCUGUUUUGUAGUACUCUAAAUCCUAUUUAAUAUAAUCAAAAUCCACAGCGUAUACUUAAUAUAAGUCAAUGCAAAGUAAUUAUUUUUUUUUAAUUUUACUAAACUGCUUACAUCAGUGUAUAUAUAAAUUUCUUUGUUUUUGUUGCUCAAAGCAUUAUCUACAUUUUUUUGGGUAUGUGAGGGGUAUGUGAAAGAGAAAAAUAAAAUAAAAACUUGGAAAAACAAAGCAAAAAUAACAACAGUUCAUUAAAAAAAACUCGUAAAUUGGUUUUGUCGUUAUGCGGCUGAAAAAAAAAUUAAAAAAAGUCAAAAUGCAAAAUGCAGAAAUAUUGAAUUACGCAAACUGUGCGCUGAUAACGAUGGUUGGCAACAAUUAUUUGUUCGCCUAAACCGCUUCAAAACAAAAAAUUCGCAAAAAAAAUGCCUUUGAAAUGCUCAGAAAAUGCAGAGAUAAACAAAAAAUCCGUAGAAUGCCAAGACACUCCACCGGAAAAUUCAACUGAAUAUUCUAUUUUUUUAUUUAAUCAUUAUUUUUUUACUUUAAGAAUAAUUCUUAAUCUAGAAAUUCGACCCAAAUAAACAAUUUAAGGAAGUUAUGAAAAACUUCAGCCUUUUCCUUACAAAUUGAGCUAUGCUUAAUUCUUUUGGUAAUCUUGCGCUUUCCAGUUAUUUGAAGUGUCGAAGCUAUAUAUUUUUUAACAAUAACAUUCUAGUUAGUCGCUUAGUUUUUAUACCAGUUUCAUAAUUUUUAAACCUUAAUAUAUUUUUUCAUACAUUUUUUCAACAUACUCACAUGAUUUACUUUUACUGCUACAAUCUAACACGCAGUCAUUGUUCAACUACAGCGAGAAUGGAGGCGGCGCAUUAAAAAUUAAUAAAAAAUUAAUGCUACUUACCUUUAUGUACAUAUGUACAUAAAUGUAUAACGUAAAUUAAGUGCUUCUUAAAUUAUAACUUAAAAUAAAAUUUUUUAAAAAUUUAAAAAUAAUAUUAAGUGGAAGUGAAUAGGCAGGAAUAAAGCUGAAAAAAAAUUAAAUAAAAAAAAAAUCUGCAAAAUUUCUAAAAUAGUACAAAACAGUUUAAAAUAAAUCAGCGUAAAAAUAUGUAUGUGUGUUAAAAUAAAUGUGUUAUAUAUGCGUACAUUUUAGUUCUGAAGAAAAGCUAAUCGGGGCUAUUGCUGAAUCCAUCGUAGUUCGCAGAAUUCGAAUUGCUACAAGCGUUAUGUAUUCGAAUUAUAUGCUAAGUUCGUAACUAUUUCGUAGAAUUUUCGAAGAAUUCACGAAAAAUCGGGCUGCGAUGAAUUCAGUGAUAGCCCUGAAUAUUUAAAUUAAAAUUAAAAUAAAAGUUAAAAAAAAAAUGAAUUAAUAACAUUAAAAUAACUAGUUAUAAGUGUUGAUAUACACAAUCAAAUUAAAAUCUAAAAUAAAAAAACUAAACAUGGAAAUUAUAAAGUUAUGCCUACAGUUAUAAAACGUAUUCUAUUAUAAAACUUAAAAAAAAAAUAUUGAUUGUACCACCCUUAUGUAGAUAACAUCCCUGUUUAUUUAACUCAAAACCUUAAUUUAAAAGUUUGUAAAUUUUACAUGAAAUAACCGCAAGUUCAGCAGCGUGCUAGAAGUGUAGCAGCGCUAGUGGUGGGUGGUGUUGGCGGCGGUGAUGACGUGCGUGCGCCCGCGCGCCAAUGUUUGCUUUAUUGACAGUCUACACAAAUCUGCUAUUUUGAUUUUUUGUUGCACACGCUUUCUAUGCAGGCAUAGAAAUCGUUAAUUGGUGUACUCAAAUUACAAAUAAAAAUAAUUUAACCCUACUGCCGCUUCCCUCCUCUCUUACUUCAUUGUUACUUCUGCCCUUGCUGUGGUUAAUCAAAAAGGUAAUUAAUAAAAAGGUAAUAGUGUGCCUGAAAUAUGCACCUGCGCGUUCGCCGCCGCAUACAUGUCCACACAUUUUUGUAAAUAUGUAGUAUGUAUAUAAAUUUUUGGUACUAGCUUACUAAGUUUCAAAAAAACAUAAAAAUGAGGGAAAAUAGAAAUGAAAAAAAUAAAUCAAAUGAAAUUUAAUAAUCCUUUAUAACUACAUACUUAGUAUAUACAUAAAUAUAAUUAAAGUUAUAAUUAACGAACGAAUUAAAAUGAGUGAGCGCCGCAUAUAUAGACACACACACACACCCAUCGGCUAACCCAAAUACCCAACCCCGAUGCCAUACCUAAUUAAAUACUUGUUGCUGUGUUUCUUGUUUGAAGCUGUGGACGAUGCACAACGGGUGUUGUCGGUGUCUGGACGCAGGUGUGCGUGUGUGUGUUAAGUGCGUUUUGUUAUAAAUAUUGUGUAUUUUUAGCACUUUGUAAAUACAUACUUGCAUAUAAAUACUAUAUGUAUAUUUUAUUACAGAUACAAUAAAGUAACCAUGAAUAAAAAGCAUAAACAAAUAAAUAAGCAAGCAAGCAAAGCGUUGUACUAUCUUCGCGUAGCUAAAAUUACAUAAUUUUACUUAAAAAA